GUUGCAAUUUCCACCAAUUGAAUUGAGUCAGGCCCUCCUCUCUUGGUUAGCACGCACUGCGCAGAGAGAGUCUCCGUCGCGAGAGUCUUCGUCUCCAGUCAUCACGUAUAAAUCCAGUUUCUUCUUCUCCGUAUAUCUAAUCGGGAAAAGUACCAUUAGCAAUCUUAUUGUAAAAACCUCUCAGUAAUCGGGAGGCAAGUGAGAAUUUCAUAGGGUUUCGCGUCAAAUGUCAGACGGUUCUCGGCGGAGCAGGGUCACUAUCACUCUAGGCCGUAGCGGGCAGAUGGUAAGUCGAGAUGGAAGUGAUUUAGACGACGAGUUGCCCAGAGUUGGGACCAAGCGUUCUGUCAAAGAGAGAUUAGGGAACCAGUUGGAUAGUGAUGCCGUGAGUAAAAGGCAAAGAGGGGAAGCUAGUUUCAGCGGAAAUGAUUUGCAGAUAAGUAAAAAUGAUCUCCGCUUCAAACUGUUGCAAAGAAAUGCACAGAGACGAACUCUGAGCGAUGGAGGCAGCACUAUAGAUCUUCGUGAAAAGCUGCUCUCCAAGAGUGAGCAGCCUCCUCCUCCUCGUAGCCUUGAUAGUCGACCUCGCAUGGCUGAACCAAGGGAUGGCCCGUUACCUCCUUCAAGAACUGUCCGUGGUCCCUCGCACAUGCUUUCAUCAGGCAGUAACUAUUCUCCUCGGACUCGGGAUGAUAUACCAAGGAGAUCUCCACAGAGGCUUGUGGGUGGUUCCAGGGGCCGAUCGCCUCCAAGGAACGGUGCAAGUAUCUGUGGCACUCCAAGGGCGGCUCUAUCACCGCCAAGAAACACCAGAAGCUUUAGUGGUGGUUCUAGGGCUGCUCUAUCGCCGCCAAGGAACAACAGAAGCUUUAGUGGUGGUUCUAGGGCUGCUCUAUCACCGCCAAUAAACGCUGGAAGAAUAAAUGGCUUUCCAAGGGAUCAAUCACCGCCAAGACAUGCUGGAAGAAUAAGUAGCCAUCCAAGGGAUCUAUCACCACCAAGAACUGCUGGACGAAUAGUUGGCCAUCCAAGGGAUCUAUCAGUAUCACCGCCUAGAAACGCUGGAAGAAUGAUUGGCCAUCCGAGAGAUCUAUCACCGCCAAGACAUGCUGGAAGAACAAGUAACCAUCCAAGGGAUUUAUCACCACUUAGAACUGCUGGAAGAAUGAUUGGCCAUCCAAGGGAUCUAUCAGUAUCACCGUUUAGAAAUGCAGGAAGAACAGUUGGCCAUCCAAGGGAUCUAUCACCGCCAAGGAACACAAGUGGCUUCAGUAGUGGCUAUAGGACUAUGUCCCCAACUAGGAAUGUGGGAAGCAGCCACAUGAGCUCUUCUCGGGGGUUUUCCCCUCCUAGGAAUCCUGGAAGCUACAUGGGUUCUUCAAUGGGUUCGCCUCCAUCAAGGAACGUAGAUGAUUUUAAUGGACGAAGCAGGAUGCUUGAUGAUGUGAGAACCUCACCGUAUGGAUUCAGAAGUGUCCUAAAUAGUCAAGCACCAACAAGCGGCCCUACUUUCGCCAGGCCAAUGUUACCUCCUCCGGUCCCAAACCCUCAUCUGUUACCUCCUUUGAGUCAGCUUCCUCCAUUUGGAAGUAUUAUGCAGAACAGUCCCUUCCCUGUGGAAGAGCCUCUAACAGUAGACAGUUUUCUAGAUUCACUUGGACUUGGAAGAUACUCCCUUGCCUUUAAGAGAGAGGAAGUGGAUAUGACCACAAUAAAGCAGAUGAAAGAAAGUGAUCUAAAAGAUCUCAUCAUACCAAUGGGGCCAAGGAAGAGGAUUCUUCAAGCGAUAGCGUGUCUUCCAAGAUAAUAACUGUGAGAAACUGGUUUGGGGGGGGGGUUCUCUUGUUGAUUCUCACUCUUUUGGUCUUUGUUGGCCUUUUUUGGAGAUCCAAACUAAGGAAAUGUUUUUUGAGAUUCAGAAUCGAAACUCUUCUCUCCGGAUAUAACUGUAGGCAGAAUUUUCCUCUGUA